UGGCUAACUGCUGCUAACUUCCUGGUAACCAGCUGCUAGUUGUGGGUGUUGACGCGCGUCAGCUGAUUGCGGCUCGUCCGUUUGGUUAGCCUAGCUUGGUGGGGUGUCUUUGUUAUGACACGGCGGCCUGCGGCAGCUGUCUGACCAUUUGACGCAGUGAAGGCGGCCCGAGAGCCCGUCAGUCCGGCCGGAUCUUUGUCGCAGGGGCGGAAGGAGGCGAAGCUGCUGGCGGGAUUCAAGUUCACAACAAUGGCGACUCCCCGUCCUAACAACCAAACAACACCCAGCAGCAACAACGCGGGGUCCGCCCCGCACCUGCACCUCCAGCAGCAGCCGCAGCACAUCACGACGAUGAGCGGCGUGCAGGAGUCCAACACCUGCUGGAGAUGUCAAAGUGAAACAGGGUUUCAGAUAAACCUGCCUGGAGCCCACCCAAGUAAACGCAAAGCCCUGAAGCUGAACUUCGCCAACCCUUCCAUCAAACCCAUGACCAGGUUCUCCCUGAACACGGCCGGGCCGCAGUUCCAGAACCCUCACAUAGAGCGGCUCCGGACUCACAGCAUCGAGUCGUCCGGGAAGCUGAAGAUCUCCCCGGAGCAGCACUGGGACUUCACAGCCGAGGAUCUGAAGGAUCUGGGAGAGAUCGGCCGAGGAGCGUACGGCUCCGUCAACAAGAUGGUGCACAAGCCCAGCAACCAGAUCAUGGCGGUCAAGAGGAUCCGGUCGACGGUGGACGAGAAGGAGCAGAAGCAGCUGCUCAUGGACCUGGACGUGGUCAUGAGGAGCAGCGACUGUCCUUACAUCGUGCAGUUUUAUGGCGCUCUGUUCAGAGAGGGGGACUGCUGGAUUUGUAUGGAACUCAUGGCUACCUCGUUAGACAAAUUUUACAAGUUUGUAUAUUGCUCGUUAGACGACGUGAUUCCGGAGGAAAUAUUAGGAAAAAUAACGUUAGCUACUGUGAAAGCACUAAAUCACUUAAAAGAAAACUUGAAAAUAAUACACAGAGACAUAAAGCCUUCAAACAUCCUUCUGGACCGGAAGGGCAACAUCAAGCUGUGCGACUUCGGCAUCAGCGGCCAGCUGGUCGACUCCAUCGCCAAAACCAGAGACGCCGGCUGCAGGCCGUACAUGGCGCCGGAGAGAAUAGAUCCGAGCGCGUCCCGGCAAGGCUACGACGUGCGCUCCGAUGUCUGGAGUUUGGGAAUCACAUUGUACGAGCUGGCCACGGGGCGGUUCCCCUACCCCAAAUGGAACAGUGUGUUUGACCAGCUGACCCAGGUGGUCCGAGGAGACCCUCCACAGCUCAGCAACUCUGAGGAGAGACGCUUCUCCCCCAAGUUUAUCUCCUUUGUCAACGUGUGCCUUACAAAGGAAGAAUCAAAGAGGCCAAAGUACAGAGAACUGCUGAGAGACCCGUUCAUCCAGAUGUACGAGGAGCGCUCGGUCGACGUUGCCGGUUACGUCUGCAGGCUCCUGGAUCAGAUGCCUGCUUCUCCCAGCUCCCCCAUGUAUAUGGACUAACCAAAGCACAUUCAGUCGCUCUCCACCACUCUGAUCCUAGAAAAGAAGAAUUCCCCGUGUAAAUGUUCCCGCUCCCCCUGAGUAUGCUGUUAAAAAAAAGAAAGUCACCUCUCCCGAUCAAAGUGGAGGCUUUUCUCCAUCUGUAUGACAUGUUAACUCACUUCUUUCUCUUCAAUCGCACCGAAAACAAUCAUGACGACGAAUCUUCUGAUCAGCAGCAGCGGCGGCGGCGCUGAGCUGGUGUUUAAAGACGCCAGCGUUUGAAUGUGGAGACUUGAGCAAACUGGAAUCAUCCUUGUUGUGAAUUGUUUCAUCUCUUCUGUGUACGUGAACGAGAGCCUCGUGUUUGGAUCUGUGCUUCUGUCCGCUCCUGCAGCGGAACUCCAUGUUGAACCAAUAAAGAGAAAGAAUGAAAAGCUGCU